GCUGUGUAAAUGUACUAUGUCAGUUGACUAAUUUGAAACUUGUUGAAGCACGUUUUAAAUCUCAAUAAUUCCGUAGUGAAUCUGCUGCAGACAACGGAAAGCAAUUACUUCAUAACUGUUCGACUUUGUUGGACGAUGACAACGAUGGAUUCUGCUUGGCCCGAAGUAAAUCAGGUCGUAAAGGAUAAGCGGCAUGAACUGAUCCUUUCUGGAGAAGAUAUUUCUCAAAAGAUAACCAACUCAGGCUUGGACAAAUGUAUCUUUGGCUUACAAGGUUUAAAUUAUUUAAAUAUCCAUCAGACUUGUCUAAAAGAGAUUCCAGACGAAAUUGGAAAUUUGACGAAUUUAACAACAUUGGUGUUGCACUCAAAUAAAAUUACUAAAAUACCAUCUGCAAUAAAGAAUCUGACAAAAUUGAAGUUACUCGAUUGUUCAAGAAAUAUGUUGGAGAAUGUUCCUGAAGAAUUGGGAGAUCUUCCACAAUUAACAACAAUCAAUUUUGGAUCGAAUCUUCUAACAGAAUUGCCAUCACAGAUCCACAACAUAAAACUGACCUCCUUGGAUUUAUCUAAUAAUAAUUUUGACACUUUCCCUGAUGUCUGUUAUGCUGAAUUAUCAAAUCUUGCUGAAAUUAAGAUUAAUGGAAAUCAAAUUAAGCAAAUACCAAAUACAAUUAAUAUUUUGCCAUCUUUGAAAAUGUUAGAUUUGGCGGAUAAUAUGAUAACAGAAGUUCCAGGGGAACUGGCGGAUUGCAAACUGAAAGAAGUUAACUUAAAGGGUAAUAUCCUAUCUGAUAAAAGACUUUUUAAACUAGUAGAUCAAUGUCGAACUAAACAGGUUUUGGAUUACGUCAGGCAGAAUUGUCCUAGAGCAAGCGAAACUCCAUCUCAUGUCAUUGAUAAAUCCAAAAAAUCCAAAAAAGGUCGCAAGUCAUCUGAGAGUAAAACUGUAAUUCCUCCUAUAGAAAAAUGCACUCAUACUUUGAGAAUCACAAAAGUCUCAGAGAUCACUCCUUCAAUAAAGAUUACACCAGAAGUCAAAGAUGUCAGACCUCAUAUCCUUGGAUGCAUUAUUAAAAAUCUUAAAUUUACAGAGGAUAGUUUUAGAAAAUUUAUUCAACUUCAAACCAAACUGCAUGAAGGAAUUUGUGAUAAAAGAAACGCUGCUACUUUAGCUACACACGAUUUCAACUUGAUAGUGCCUGGUGAUAUUACGUACACUGCAAAGUUACCAAAUGAAAUAGAAAUUAAACCUUUAAUGCGUAACAAAUCUUACACUGGUGCAGAACUUUUCCAACAAUUGCAAGCUGAAGCGGACAAGUUACGUAGAGAAAAAAAGCGCAACGUUUAUUCUGGCAUACAUAGAUAUUUGUAUCUGUUAGAAGGCAAACGGAAAUAUCCUUGUGUAUUGGACAGCUCUGAUCAAACAAUAUCGCUUCCACCAAUUACAAAUAGUGAUAUAACGAAAGCAUCCCCAUCUACAUCAACAAUUUUCAUAGAAGUAACAAGUGCAUCUUCUCAACAAGUGUGCAGAAAUGUACUGGACUUGUUCUUGAAAGAACUUGUAACCUUGGGAUUGGGGUGUGCUGCAGAGGCUGAUAAAGGCGACUAUUACGAAUUACUUAUAGAACAGGUCAAAGUGGUGGAUAUGGAUGGAAACAUGAAACACGUUUAUCCCUCACGAGCUGAUUUACUUUUUAAUGGCGAUGACAUAAGCGUGUUGCGUGAUUGAGCGAUUUUCCGUUUAAAGACCUAACAUAGCGUGUUAACAAAAUGUAACAUAAAACAUCUCUAUAUUUUGUAUCGAAUAUAUUUUUCUUUGCGUAUGACACGGUAGAAUAGUAAUUAUGUAACUUAAAGAUGCCAUAAGUUAUUAUUUAUUGCCAAAUAUUAUUUGACAAAAACAAAACAUGUACAAUCUAUAUGAUUCUCUUUAUAAUUGGUUUUACACGUACCUCAGAGAUGUAUAAAAGUUCUAUGAAAGGCUGGACCAUUUACGUUUUUCUAGUUAUCAUUAUAGUUUAUAAUGCAUCUAGAAUAAGAGUAAUUGUACUAUCUUGUAUUUUCCUAAAAAUAUUGCAGUCAGAUUUAUAAAGUCGAACAAGUUACGAAUUCGCAACAUUCUGUUGUAAAAGUGGUUCAAUCAUGCUGAAUAAAAUUUUCUAAGUACAAAUGAAA